AAAUCAAGCGAAAUACUCCUAACAAAAUAAACUCUCUUAAAGCUGCUCUGCUGACGCUUUGAUGUAUCUGCCAUUGUUUUUGACACUGGCUUGUUUAUCGACAUGCCACUCUUUUAAUGAGCAUGAUGCAUCAGAUGAUUGCAACUUUUUGCAGCACAUUAAAGUAUCAAUGGAAUUAAAAAAGACAGGUUUCCAUAGAGAAUUGGUGACGACUAUUCGGUUCAACAAUAGUGGGCUUCUCAGCAAGAUUUUGCUACUUUACAGCUGGCCUAAAGACAUCUAUGUUGACCCAUUUCAACUUGCAUCGCUAGGGGAUCAACGUAACUGGGAGAUGUUACUAGACUCAACCAUUGACCUUGAGACGCCAGCCCACAAAUCCUCAGGAUUCGUCACAUACUUGUUUCCACAUCUAGAACAAUUACCAUCUGCACAAGUAAACCUGACAAUACCUAUCCAUGGUCGGUACCAAAAACCAUCCCACCAUGGGAAUGCUCUCAAUUCUGUAGACAUACAUCCUCCCAGUCUGCUGCUUUGGGCUAUUGAAACUUGUACACAACUUAGCAACUUGAGCUCUUUCACCACUACUGUUGUGGUUGCACCUUGCACUGCAAACAACUCAAGCACUUGUCAGUGGAUUGAAGUUCACCCUCAACAGCAGCCGGAUCCUGUGACGCUAGAGCUUCCAGUAGGAGAUGCAUCUCUGGUCAUUCCUGUGUGUGGAGGGACGCUUCUUGUCACAAUAAUAUGCACUGUGUCACUGUCCAAAUCAACAUGGGCAAGGACUUAUGAAAUGUAG